CCAGUGUUUAAUUUUUGAGGGCUUGUCAAGAAGAUGGCGGCUUCCUGGGCGGCAUGAAAAGAUGUAGAGUUAGCAAAAUCUACGGUGAAAGGUGUACCCAGGGUUGAAUUCGUUUUCUGAGUCCUCCCUCGAGAUUUUUAUAGUAAAUUAACAAAUCGGAACGAAGAAGUAGACAUGGCUUCUUCAGGCACCAAGGCCUCUGGACCUGCGGUUCUGCAGCCGCGCUGGAAGAGAGUUCUGGGCUGGUCCGGCCCGGUUCCUCGCCCGAGACACGGACAUCGAGCUGUGGCCAUUAAAGAAUUGAUGGUGGUAUUCGGCGGAGGGAAUGAAGGGAUUGUGGAUGAGCUGCACGUCUAUAACACAGCCACCAAUCAGUGGUUUAUUCCUGCUGUCCGGGGUGACAUUCCUCCUGGAUGUGCCGCUUAUGGGUUCGUUUGCGAUGGCACCAGACUUCUGGUAUUCGGGGGUAUGGUCGAGUAUGGAAAGUACAGCAACGACCUUUAUGAACUACAGGCAAGUAGAUGGGAGUGGAAACGGUUAAAGCCCAAAGCUCCUAAAAAUGGACCGCCACCAUGUCCCCGUCUGGGUCACAGUUUUUCUCUUGUUGGAAACAAAUGUUAUCUGUUUGGUGGACUGGCUAAUGACAGUGAGGAUCCCAAAAACAAUAUUCCAAGAUACCUAAAUGACUUGUACACACUGGAGCUGCGCCCAGGGUCAAACAUAGCAGGCUGGGACAUCCCCAUUACAUACGGUGUCCUGCCGCCUCCGCGUGAGAGCCACACUGCCGUUGUCUACACAGAGAAAACGUCCAAGAAGUCUCGCCUCAUCAUCUACGGUGGUAUGAGUGGAUGCCGCCUUGGAGACCUCUGGACUUUAGACAUAGAUACUUUGACCUGGAACAAACCGACUAUAAGUGGUACAGCUCCUCUGCCCCGGAGUCUCCAUUCUGCCACCACUAUAACCAACAAGAUGUUUGUGUUUGGUGGAUGGGUUCCUCUUGUUAUGGAUGAUGUCAAAGUGGCAACACAUGAGAAGGAAUGGAAAUGCACUAACACAUUGGCAUGCUUAAAUCUAGACACAAUGUGUUGGGAAACUAUCUUGAUGGACACAUUAGAGGAUAAUAUCCCAAGAGCGAGAGCUGGACACUGUUCUGUAGCUAUUAACAACAGGCUAUACGUCUGGAGUGGCAGGGAUGGCUACCGAAAAGCCUGGAACAACCAAGUUUGCUGCAAGGAUCUGUGGUAUCUGGAGACAGAUCGCCCUCUGCCACCGUCACGAGUCCAGUUGGUCCGUGCCAACACAAACUCUCUUGAGGUGAGCUGGGGGGCAGUGCCCACUGCUGACACGUACCUGCUACAGCUGCAAAAAUAUGACAUCCCUGCUGCGACCGCUGCCACUUCUCCGACUGUCACCCCUUCUCUACCUGUCAACUCGCCCAAGAGUCCUGUGCCCGCAGCUGCUGCGCCUGCAGCUCAAAGCAUGCCCCUGUCUGGGGUCACGCUGGUGCCACAAAGUCCUUCACCCACCACCUCCAUUCCAGGCAGCCCGCUAGCAGCUUCACCUCGUGGACCAGCUAUUCUUAAAGUGGCAGCACCUCAUUCAACAACUGGGGCUUCACUGGUUACUGUGCGUCAGGCAACCCCAGGGGCCAAAUCCCCAGUCACAGUUACAUCACUUCCUGCUGGAGUUCGCAUGGUUGUCCCAGCACAGAGCACCCAGGGAACACCAAUUGGCAGCAGCCCUCAGAUGAGUGGCAUGGCUGCUUUGGCUGCAGCGGCAGCUGCCACGCAGAAGAUCCCGCCCUCUUCCGGAACCACUGUGCUAAAUGUUCCAGCAGGAGCCACCAUUAUGAAAACUGUUGCUGUGACUCCAGGAUCCACAACUUUGCCGGCUACUGUCAAAGUAGCUUCGCCUGUUAUGGUUACCAACCCUGCUACCAGGAUGCUAAAAACAGCAGCAGCCCAGGUUGGCACUUCAGCUAUCUCUACGCCCAACACCCCUACUCGGCCCAUCAUCACCGUACACAAAUCUGGCACAGUGACUGUGGCUCAGCAGGCCCAGGUUGUCACCACUAUGGUUGGAGGAGUCACCAAAACCAUAACCCUGGUUAAAAGCCCAAUCACUAUGGGUAGCGGUGGCACUUUGCUCUCCAGCCUUGGGAAGAUGAUGUCUGUGGUUCAGACCAAACCAGUACAAACCUCUUCUGUGACUGGGCAGGCUGGAAACAGUCCUGUCACUCUAAUACAGACAAAGACUCCUCUGCCCGCUGGUACCAUUCUGAAGCUGGUGACAUCUGCAGAUGGCAAGCCCACAACCAUCAUUACAACAUCCCAGGCAGGGGGAACCGGCACCAAGCCAACUAUCCUGGGCAUCAGCAGCGUCUCUCCGAACACAGCCAACAAACCAGGCACAACCUAUAUUAAAACCAUUCCCAUGUCUGCCCUUCAGCAAGGGGCAACAGGUGUGACCAGCAGUGGUGGCAUCAAGUCUCCCAUCACGAUUAUCACCACCAAGAUGGUCACUCCUGGCACGGGCACACCAGGCAAAAUCAUAACCGCUAUGCCUAAGCUGACGGGUACAGGACAACAGGGGGUCACGCAGGUGGUCUUGAAGGGGGCACCGGGGCAACCAGGCACCAUCCUGCGCACAGUUCCCAUGGGUGGAGUGCGGCUAGUUUCACCGGGCACUGUGUCAGCUGGGAAACCAACUGUUACGACACUUGUCGUCAAGGGCACCACGGGUAUGACAACUCUGGGUACAGUGACCAACACCGCAUCCUCCAGCGUGGUGGGUGCCAACGCCAGCCUUGCAACUCCUGCCACCACCCUUUCCACAAUUGCUACGCUGUCCAACCAAGUUCCUGCAGCUAUCACUGUACCUGCUGCACAGACCAGCCUCACCACCGCCACAAUACAAUCUGCUCCACAGCCUACUACAGUUACUUUGAUCACAACACCAAGUGGUGCUGAGGCCCAGCCCGCACCGGACCUUCCUGUUUCCAUCCUGGCAUCACCCACCUCCGACCAGCCCUCCAACACUGGUGAUGGUGCUGGCGAUGGUACUGCUACCGUGACUUUGGUCUGCUCUAACCCACCGUGUGAGACCCAUGAGACCGGAACGACCAACACUGCUACGACUGCUGCUGCCAAGAUUUGUUCCAACCCUCCGUGCGAAACGCACGUAACGGGCACUACCAACACAGCCACGACCGCCUCGGCCAACAUGGGUGCUGUACAGCAGGUGUGCACCAACCCACCUUCAGAGACCCAUGACACGGGCACUACCAACACGGCCACCACUGCCAGCUGCAAUAUGGGCUCUACAGAAAUGGGCACAGUUGACAGCAAACCAGGGGCUUCUACGUCAGGUGAGUCCACAGCUUCUGGUACGGACCCAGCUGAAUCCGCCGCAGAGAACAGUUCUGCAUCUGGCUCCGUGCGUCCUGAGAAUGCCCGCACGGGAACCACCAACACCUCCACCACUGCCCGUUCAAAUAUGGGUUCUGAUCAGACAGGAACAGUUCAGAGCUCCAGCAAGAGCCAAGCUGCAAUUUCUUCCACGGUUUUGCCUCUCUCUACCAGCCCUUCCUGUGAGACGCUUGAGACCAGCACCCCAGAUGCUUCAUCUGAUGUAGAAGGUAUUAAACAGGUCUGUUCAGAACCACCUUCUGAGACACAUGAAACGGGCACAACCAAUACUGCUACACAAUCAACCUCUACUAUGAGCAGUGGGGAGGCCAAUGUGGUGCAAAAGGUGUGCUCCAAUCCGCCCUGUGAGACCCACGAGACGGGCACUACCAACACGCCGACCCAAGCUUCAUCUCCAAGUGGUGCUGGACAAGAUGGCACUGUGCAAACGGUGUGCUCCAAUCCACCCUGUGAAACCCACGAGACUGGCACUACCAACACGCCCACCCAAUCCUCAUCUACUAUGAGCGCUGGACAAAAUGACACUGUGCAAAGGGUGUGCUCCAAUCCACCCUGUGAAACCCACGAGACUGGCACUACCAAUACGCCCACCCAAUCCUCAUCUACUAUGGGCGCGGGACAAAAUGGCACUGUGCAAAGGGUGUGCUCCAAUCCACCCUGUGAAACCCACGAGACUGGCACUACCAAUACGCCCACCCAAUCCUCAUCUACUAUGGGCGCUGGACAAAAUGGCACUGUGCAAAGGGUGUGCUCCAAUCCACCCUGUGAAACCCACGAGACGGGCACUACCAACACGCCGACUCAAUCCUCAUCUUCUAUCGGUGCCGAUGAGAAUGGCACCGUGCAAAGAGUGUGCUCCAAUCCGCCCUGUGAAACCCAUGAGACGGGGACUACAAAUACAGCCACUACGGCUACCAGCAGCUUAGAAACUGGAGAUGGAGCAGCUGAACAGGGUGGUGAGGGACAGGUUGACAGUGGAACCAGUUCAGAACCCACAUCCUCUACAGAACCAGUCAAUCCUGCAACACAAAGCAGGGCCAUCACCACAGUGACGCAGGCCACGCCCACUCCAGGACCAGCAGUACCGGAGAUCUCAUCCAUGGCCGGUUCAGCAGUUGUGGCUGAGGUUCCCGAGGUUCCAGGUGAGGCAGAGGCCAUGGAUCAGACAAGUGCUGAGGCUGUAGCAGCCGAACAGGAGCCAAUGCAGACAGAGUGCCAGGGAGAACUGGGUGAAGAAACAGCCAUCAGGGUGGUUGCCAUAGACGAAGGUGCAGCGGCUGAUGAGGGCACCGUGCUACAGGUUCAUGUCGCCAUGGAAGCGCAACCAGGUCAAGGAGACCAGGCUGAGCAGAUGGAUGCUGGUGUGGAGGGCACAGAAGCGAUGAGUCUCGCACCUCAGGACUCUGAAGCUCUCGCUUUACCCCAGGAGCUGAUGUCUGCAGAAGGUCAGCAAACCACCCUCAUGGUGACCGGACUGACCCCAGAGGAGCUGGCUGUGACUGCAGCUGCGGAGGCUGCGGCGCAGGCAGCCGCUUCAGAAGAAGCCCAGGCCCUCGCCAUCCAGGCUGUACUACAGGCAGCUCAACAGGCUGUGCUCAGUGGAGAUGCAGGACAUGACCAGCAGCCAACCACCAUCCCCAUCGUCCUGACGCAGCAGGAACUUGCAGCUCUCGUUCAGCAGCAGCAACAGUUGCAGGAGGCGCAGGCGGCAGCGGCCCAACAGUUGAGUGCCGAAGCGGCUGCGGCUGCACUGCCCACCGAAGGUUUAGCUCCGGCAGACAGCCUCAACGACCCGGCGUCUGAGAGCAACGGUCACGAGAUGGCAGCCGCUGUUACAGCAACUGUGGCUCGUCUUUUACCACGCGCUUCUGCUGAAACUCUGGCCCCGUCGAUUACUUUCGCACCAUCCCAGCCGUUGGUGGUCGCCAGCCCUGCCAAGAUGCAAGCAGCCACAGCUUUGACCGAGGUGGCCAAUGGAAUCGAGUCUGCAGCUGGGAAGCAAGAUGCCCCUCCGGUUGUGGUGAAGCCGCCGGUGAAGAAAGAGAAUCAGUGGUUUGACGUUGGAAUCGUCAAAGUGACAAACAUGGUUGUCACGCACUAUUAUGUGCCGGCAGACGAUUCUGCAGUUACUGAUGAUGAUUCUGGUACGGUGCCGGACUACAGCAAGAUGAAGAAGAUCGAAUUGUCUCCUGGCACAGCGUACAAGUUUCGUGUAGCAGGCGUCAAUGCGUGCGGCCGUGGAACGUUCUCCGAGGUCUCCGCGUUUAAGACCUGCUUACCCGGCUUCCCCGGAGCACCGUGUGCCAUCAAAAUCAGCAAGAGCCCUGAUGGUGCCCAUCUGACCUGGGAGCCUCCUUCAGUCACAUCAGGGAAGAUCAUCGAGUACUCGGUGUAUCUGGCCAUCCAGAGCUCACAGACAGUCGAGGCGAAAGUGUCUGCUCCGGCGCAGCUCGCCUUUAUGCGGGUGUACUGUGGACCUAACCCAUCGUGUCUGGUCCAGUCAUCUAGCCUCUCCAACGCCCACAUCGACUACACCACCAAACCCGCCAUCAUCUUCCGCAUUGCUGCACGUAAUGAGAAGGGUUAUGGCCCCGCCACGCAAGUCAGGUGGCUUCAAGAAACCAGUAAAGAUGGCUCGGCAGCCAAACCAGCAGCAAAGAGACCAGUCUCGUCACCUGAUAUGAAAGGCACUGGUCCAAAGAAAGCCAGAUCUGACCAGUGAGAGAGCUUUGACGUGGCCCCUGACCCCGCCCUCCUUUGAGCUGAACCGUGACUAAAUCUCCACUUCCUGCUGAAUGACCUUCUUGCUUCCGCGCUCUCCCCAUUCCAUCCUCCACAACAGGAAACGGGAGCCAAAAAUAGGAUGUAGUUCCGAUAAAAAAGGAUAUCCAUCCGAGGAAAAUCAGCUCCCAUCACUGGACAUUAUGGUGCCAUGGACGCCAACUGUAUUUAUUAAACGAAUCAUAAUUGUUCCUUCCUCAGAGUCAAAAGCACAUGCAUUUGCUUUUCCUGACAGUUUUGUGUAAAGAGAUUCUAAUGGCAGCGUUCAGUUUAGUAUCCACCCAUCAUAUGGUUUGAUUUUUACGCUUCUUUCAAUACAAGCAAUAGAUAACAAAAUUAACAUUUGCUCUUUUGUCGAUGUUUUCAUUAUUUGAACAAGUCUGUAUAUUUCAACGUUGUGCUGAAACGAUGCAAAGGAAACGGACGGAGCGCAGACGACAACCGACUUGUGGUUAAAAACGAUUAAAAUGAAAACGAACAGCACUUGGUGACGCUUGAGAGGGAAAAGACUCUGUAAUUAUUCAUUCAUUCAUUCACUGAGAGUUCAGUAGCUUCGUUUCACAUCACUGUGUGUUCAUACGUUUGCCGUGAGGAUCAGAAUCGAGGAGCGUAAUGCUGAAGAUACAAAGACUUCAACCCAUGUAGAUGAAAUCAUACUACUUUUGCAUUACGUCAACUAUAUCUUGUAUAAAGAGCGAAAAUCCCAAAAAUAGUAAAUGGUGAUACAGGAGUUCAUUGUGUGUGGUUUAUUUUUGUUGUUAUUUUUUAAGAAAAGGUCUCUUCUUGUGUAUGUGUGCUUCAGAGCGACGUUUUAAACCUCACACCUCUCCUGAACAUGUCACCGGGUCACAAAGGCCACGGUUUUCAUAUCCCAUAUUCAUUAGAUUUCAACUUUUUUGGGGGAAGUGUAUUGUAUAAUGUAUGUAUUUGUUUUGAAGAAUUUCCCACAACAAGCUUGAUGAAAGUCUCUCUCUUUCUUUUCCCCCCAUACAUUUUAUUCUUUGGCAUUUAUUGGAGCCUUCAUCAGGAAAAAGAUGCUUUUAUUUUAAUCCUUGUCAUCCUUUCACUAGUUUAUAGUUUGUGUAAAUUAAAUUUCUCAAUCUGAUCUUUCUUUUAUUUCUUGGUUUCAUGUGUUGGUAGACAUGAAUUUGAGUCUACUCCGAUCGACUGGGAUGUUUGGAGAUGUUGGCCUGUGUAAAUGCUGUAGUGAUGGAGUUUUAUGAAAGGUUUGACGAGUGUCGAAACAGUUUUUUUCUGUUUCUCCAAUGGUUGUUGACAAACGUUCAAGACGGAUUGAUGGCUUAGCGGAGCGUGAACUCGGUUGUAAAUUAGUUCUUUCACGUAGCAAGACGUAAUACAAAAAAACUCUUUGCCUUUUUUAUAUAAUUAUCUGUAACAAAAUGUUUUUACAUGUUGUCAUUUAUGAUUGCUUUUGUGUCUUGACAUAUAAAAGUAAUGGAAUUCUG